CGAUAGUAUUAGGUGGCAAGUCGAUGUUUCUGCAGCACUAACUAGCAGCACAUCUACUUAAUUUUGUUGUCUUUUAUUUUAUUUUUUUUAUGUUUGGAACGGGUGUGCUUACGUUAAUGAAGUUUUGUUUUCAUUAAGUAGAGGCGUGGACGUAAAAGUCACAUCUAAAAUAGCCUGACAGCUUUCUCCUUCGGGCGGAUUCCAAUUGUGAAACUUACAUGCAAAUGCCCGUGGAGCCAGUCUUCAGAUUCGUGGACGAGCACCGAGCACAGCAGAAAUGCCAUUAAAGUUCUUAAAAAAGUGUCGCCAGUACAAUGUGACGUCCAAGAGUUUGUUUGUUAUAUCAGUCCAUCACCUGUUGGACACCUCCAGCACUGUGGACUGCACCAUUAGCUCGGAGAGCAAGGGACAAGAGUGCCUGGAUAACGUGUGCCAGCGUUUGGUCAUCCACCAGUCCGAGUUCUUCGGUUUCAGGUACCUGGUCAAGGGAAAGGAGGACGAGUACAAAUGGAUCGACUUGGAGCGCUCCCUGAGCCGGCAGCUGGAAAAGUAUGCUUCUGGGACCAAAAUAUACCUUCGGGUGCGCCACUAUGUGACCACAGACGUACGCCUGCUGAGCGACGAGGCGACACGAUUCUACUACUUCCUGCAGCUCAAGAGUGACAUCUAUGAGGGACGCAUCGCCUGCGACAUUCGGACCGCGAUCCUGCUGGCGCUCUACUGCCGGCAGGCGGAGUACGACAGCUACCAGGGCGACAAGCAGAGCAAGGACUAUCUGAAGAAGUCCCUGGUGCUGCCGCGCAACAUGCAGGGCCUGGCCAACGACGACAGCAUGCUGGAGGGGCUGAUCGUGGAGGUGCUGCAGCAACAGCCGGGCCUGGCCCAUCUCAGCCAGAGCCAAGCGGAGGAGAUGUACAUCAAGUGCUGCCAGCACCUGGACGGCUACGGGGAGGAGCGGUUCGCUGCCAAGGACACGUUGGGCAACGACAUGCUGUUGGGCCUGGCCAUCAAUGGAAUGGUCGUAAACUCGGACAAUGGACGCCAGUACUUCCCGUGGAAGGACUUCCAGACGGUGACCAUUGACAAGCGGACUAUCAAAAUUGAGCAGAACAAGCUGGACGGCGACGGAAGCAUCGUGGGCAGCUUCAUCUUCAGCGAGGCGGACACGGCCCGCUACUUCUGGAAGCUCUGCAUCAGCCAGCACAAGUUUUUCAAGCGAUACAUCGACACGGCGACGUCCUCGAGCCUGGGCAGCGGCGCCGAGGUGGAGAGCGGUCCUCAGGGGGACUACGACUACGCGGAUGUGGCCGCCGCCGAGUUGCAGAAACAACAACAGAUGCAGCAGCAGCAGCAACAGAUCCAGCAGCAGCAGCAACAACAACAACAGAUCCAGCAACAGCACCAGCAGAUGAUGCUCUCAUCCAACAUAUCGCUGGCCGCCAGUCAGAGUCAGAGCCAGCUCCUGGGCCAGAGCAGCUCCUGCCUCGAUCUGAGCAACAACAACUUGCACAGCAGCAACGGCAUGCUGCACCACGUCAGUGGCAACAACAAUGAUGAGCGGGAGCGCCUCAAGGCAAUGCUGCCAACCUACCGUCCAGCACCAGACUACGAGACAGCCGUGCAGCUAAAGUACCGAACUCCGUCCGCAGAGCUACACAACGUAGCGCUAGCCCUGGCAGCUCCUGGGAAUGCUUACUUUGCCGGAUCCCAGCCGGAUGUACACAAUCCUGGGGUGUACACCGAGAACCUGCUCUACGGCCAUCUGACUUCGCAUCGGUAUCCGGACGUGGCGCAGCCAGCUGCCCUCCAUCACCACAUCAAUCUGUACCAGACCCAACAGCAGCACCAACAGCAGCCGCAGCCCGUUAGCACGGCCCAGGCGUAUCUGGAGCUAUCCCAGCGCAUGCACAUGCUGCGCCACAAGGCACCGCCGCCGUAUCCCGUCAAUCGUCUCAGCUCCUCGUCCACGCCCGACCUAGCCGUGGCCACGCCCCGUCCGCUGCAUGGCUACCGCAACUAUGUGAGUGGCUCGUCGCCGGAUCUAGUCUCCAACCGGACCCUUCUCAACGGUGGCCAGUACUUGGCCCUGGCGGCAGGCAAUCAUGCUGGCAACAUGCCCACGUCUUCCGGUGCCACCAUGCUGCACCAGUACCCGUACGUGGGGCACAUGGGGCACUCGCAACCAUACCUGCCGCCGCAAGGAACCUUCGAGAACCUCAACAUGAUCGAAGAGCAGCCAUCCAUAAUGUCGCAGUUGCGCCAAUCGGCGAUGAGUCAGGCCGCCGCUGCUGCUGCCUCUGCUGUCGUUAAUCACAACUCGUCCACCCUGCCGCCAAGUGGCUACCGCAGCUCCGUGCCUCCGCCAGCCAGCAGCCCACAGCCACCGCCGGUGACCACAGCUCCUCCGAAGGUAGCAGCGCCCACUCCAUUGCAACGGAGCGUGGAGAACGGAUCGAUCGAGCCCAUUUACGAGAACGUGCCGCUGCCCCAGCGAGCAUCUGGAGGCAGCAAUGGAGCGGCGCACGCCGAAGCUAUGCGCCAACGAGCCUCCUCCAUACAAUCGGCUCCACCGGGAGUGGUUCCUGUCCCGGCGGUUCGGCACACCAGCACCACCAACAUUACUGUCAACGCCCCACCAGAGGAUGAGAUGACGCGCAACAUCAAGAUCUUUGGGGCGGAUCGGGCGGCCAGCACGGAGGUGCAACUGAUGGAGCCGCAGUCGCCCAAGAGAGCUUCUCGCGCAGCUAGUGCAGCUCCCACUGUGGGAGUGACGCUGCCGAACCGUCAGUAUCGUUCCACUGUCAGCCUCAACAAGUCGCCGACGGUGGAUGUCAUCUCGCCUGCCAAUGACUCGCUCCAGCAGCAAUUCAGUGCCAUGAAUCUAUCAUCCGCCAACACAUCGGCGUCCACCUCCUCCGUGUUCAAUUCGACGCUAGACACCACAUACUCGUCGGCGGCCAGCAAGGACACCAAACGAAAGAAGCGUUGGAACUUCCUGGCCCGAAGCAAAACCCCCGACAAGCAGAAGGCCGCCACACUGGGCAGGGAGAAGGCCACUGCUGGCCAACACGCCAAGCUGGCGGCCAAGCUGAAACUGGCCCAGGAUGACCUAAACCUGCCCAAUCGUUGGUCGGUUGGGGUCAGCAAGCCUCAGCCGAUUUCUGGCCGGUAUUCCAAGGAUAAACUGUGCCAAAUCCUCAAUGAGAAGUUGCAGGACUCGCAGUUAUUCAUGGAAUUCGAACGCAUACCGAAGCGCCGGGAGCAUGCACUGUACGAGUGUGCUCUAUUGGAGGAGAACGAGUCAAAGAACCACGAUCCCAACUUUCUACCCUAUGACGACAACCGUGUACGACUCACACCCUCGAUGGACAACAGGCAUGGCUACGUGAAUGCCUCGUACAUAUCUGCUACAGUUGGGGUCAAACAAAGGUUUUACAUUGUGGCCCAAUCUCCGCAAGACACACAAACAAUGCGCAUCUUCUGGCAGUGCGUCUGGGAGGCGGAUGUGUACCUGGUGGUUCAGCUAGUCGAGGACAUAAGCUACAUUCCGCAGACCAGUCAGCAGCGUCUGGAGUUUGGACAGUUCCAAGUGUACCAGGAGUUCUCCCAAACCACCGAUAGAUGCACUACCAGCAAACUGCGCCUCUUCCAUGCGCCCUCGCGACGCUACCGUUCCGUCUGGCAUCUGCAGUACGCAGACUGGGCCGAACAGAACUGUCCUCGCGACCUCAAUCACUUUCUGGACUUUCUCGAGGAGCUGAACUCGGUGCGGCUGGCUUCCACGCAUGAGGUUCCCCCCGGACACAACACCAAUCCGCCGGUUCUCAUUCACUGUCUGGAGGGAGGCGGCCGGUCAGGUGUUACUUUGACGGCGGAUCUAUUGCUCUACACUCUAGAUCACAACGAGGACCUGGACAUACCCCGAGUUAUUGGCCAGCUGCGUCACCAGCGUGAUAGCAUUAUACCCUCCCUGGCGCAGUACAAGUUCAUCUAUAACCUUCUCGUCACCUAUCUGAAGCGCACGAGGUUGAUCUAAAGGACAUUGGACGUAUUUUGGGGGGAAAAGGAUGCCUAUUACAUAUCCUGUAGACCUGUAUCAUUAUGUUUUUAUUGUUCCGGGGGGUAUAGGCGCCUUUUAAUUCCAAUUGUUUCUAUUUCAUUAAGUUGAGAAUUCAUAACCAAACCAUAAAGCUAACAACAACUACCACGAAUUGUGUUAAAAAUAGUGCCUAGGUAGUUGCAUUGAUUAGCAGCGCGAGUAACAAAUUUAUAAAUUUAUAUUCGGAAAGCAAUAAAAACAAUAGAACUUUUAUAAUAUUUAACAUAUUUAUGUCGAACGAUUUUAAACAUAAAGCUUCCAAAUGGAAAAUCCAUCCAAUAAAUUGUGAAAA